GGGUAGUUUCGUCUUUUGAUCAUUCGAUGCGUUACCCUCUCCGCCUAUAUAAGGCCAGAGCUACAAAAACUAGGGUAUAAAAAGCAGAUCUCAUUCUCCCUCUGCACCAAAGUUUCUACAACCUCAACGAGCGGAAAAAAAGUUGUUGAUUAAGAAGAGAAAUCAAAUGGCAACAUUUGAGUUGUAUCGUAGGUCAACAAUUGGAAUGUGUUUGACUGAAACUUUGGAUGAGAUGGUAUCAAGUGGAAUUCUUGGUCCUGAGCUUGCUAUCCAAGUUCUUGUUCAAUUUGAUAAGUCAAUGGCUGAAGCUCUGGACAAUCAGGUUAAGACGAAGGUUUCUAUUAAGGGGCAUUUGCACACGUACAGAUUCUGUGACAAUGUGUGGACAUUCAUUCUUCAAGAUGCUCUGUUCAAGUAUGAUGAAUGUCAGGAAAAUGUUGGAAGGGUUAAGAUAGUGGCAUGUGACUCAAAAUUGCUUGUUCAAUGAGAAGAUUAUGUGAUUUGGUAAAUUUUUAAGCUUAGAAUCAAUGAAUGAAUGAAAUAUUAUGGGGUUUGUUCCUCUGUUGUAAACUUAUAAUGGAACAGAGUGAAUUCCAAACACUUUCCCCAUAAACUCA